AUGGAGACCCCUGUGACACCUCCACACCUACAUGCCACUAAAGAUGACACUUUCAACAGAACUGUGAACGUCAACGGACUCCAAUCAAAUAAUGUCACCCAGGUGAAUCUGUCACUCGUCUUGUCCUCGCAAAAUGCUUCUAGUAUCGGACACAUCGGCCAAAUGACUGAACGAAAGACCACGUCUAAUGGUUCAGCAAGUAGUUCAUUUGGACAACAGGGGUUUGCCACCAAAGAAAUAGCCACAAAUACCCCCAAGUCUACCCAGUGUCGCGUUGAUCCUCAACCAGCUGGAAGUACACCCACAGCCAUUCACAAUAAAGAAGUCAGUAGCUCUUCAACAUUCAACAUUGAGGUUAAGUGUGUCAUUCGAUCUGACUACGCAAUGCAUAACUGUGACUAUGAUUCUACAGAAACGUUCCAGUCCGACCCUUCUGCAACUUCACCAAUAGAAGACGUGAGCAGUGUUUCAUACUCACGAAACAUUCUUUUGAACAACCAUGACGCGAGGAAAUAUGACCAAACCAGACCAGAAGGUACUGAAACUUUCUAUUCCCAGCGUAGUUUUCCACUUUCGAUCACUCAAAACCCUAUAGAAUGUGGUGUUCAGGAUAAAACAGAAGUACAGUCCUCAGAAGUAAAGUCAACAACUCAUGGGGCAUUACGGGAUCAAUUUCUACCACAGAAUGUGGUUUCAUCGUCUGCAAAGAUUCAGUGUCAUGAGGUCACCAUUUCAAAACAAAGCCGAGAGCAUCUUUCUCCAGAACAUACUACAUCUGACAUCUCUAGAGAAGCAUCAACUACAACGGAAGCCCCAGAAUCUCCAAUGUCGAGCUCAGACGUGACCAGUCCAGUUUCUCCCGUGAGCAUGUGGUCAACUUCUGGUGGCGACUUCAGUCCAGGAAUUGUGUCUACGCACUCCGAGGAUGUCUUCAGCGAGUUGACAACUGACCAGCUGCCGUCUCCUGCCCAGAAAUCGUCAUCCUACUGUGCAAGUAAGUUGAGUCAUGCUCAUAUAAAAAU